GUGAGCUCCUAUUAACACAAGGUGACACGUUAUCUUAUCUGUCUGUUCUGUGACAUAAGGCGACCGCAGAAGACAUACAGGAUGCAGUGUAUCAAGAUGCAGUACAUCAUCAGUCUGUCGUUAAUCGCAGGGGCUCUUGCUGCACCAACGAGUCCUUUGCCAUCGAGUACAGCUGCAGCUGCCCAGUUGACCAGCUUCUUCAAACAGAUCUUCAACAGUCUCGAUGAUAAUAAAAACGGGCACAUAGAAGUAGUUGAGAUGUACAAAGCUUUCGACGAUGAUGACACGAACAAGGAUCACAACUUGAGUAUGGAUGAGUUCACGGCAGGGAACACAACUCAGAGGAAGUUCCUGGAAGCAGUGUUCAAGAGCAUGGAUUCCGACCAUGACGGCUACAUCAGUCGUCAAGUGACUACUACCAUCUUUAAGAUGCUGGACAAGAACGGUGAUGGCCUCAUCGACCUCAACGAAUUCAUUGACCAGUACUCAAAAAUUUUGUCCUUGAUUCUGCAAGAUUUCGAGCCCCCACAAGGAAAUUAAAGAGGAAGGAUAUUAAGAAAAGGGACAUUGACACCGCUAUGUAUCAAGGAAAUAACUCUACAUUUGUUGUUAUGACCAGCACGUGACUUGUUGCCUCAUUAAACACAUGUAAACAUCAA